GACGAGAAUUCUUGAAUUACCUCGACGUAAUUAAAUUUGAUAUAGUUUUAAAGUGGCAACUGGCAAGUCAUUGUUUAAGCAGCUCCGUGGAAAUUGUCAAGUUGCCAUCUCUUAAUCCGCAAAGAAUUGUCAAGUUGCUUCCCCAAAAGAAAAAACAAACAAUUACAUGACUUAGCAAUUAGGGGUCAAACUGUGACUUUCCCAUCUACUGUAGUUUGGUUCCAGAUCUGGAAUUCAGUCUCCAGGUUGGAGGAAUCAAGAGCUGAAAGAGCAGGAACGAAUCAAACACCAGUUUGUAGCUCUGCUCUGCUCUGCUCUGCUCUGUUUUCCUCAGCAAAGCCUUCUUGUUUCGGUUUACUCGCGAAGCUCCGGAGGAGAUGGGGUUGGUGGGCAUCCCAGAAAACGGGAAAGGAGAAAUGGGUCUGGAUUUGGGAGCCAAGAACAAGUACAGGAGGAUGGAUUCCGAGCUCGCCGACGCCGAUUUCGACGACGCUUCUGAUUACAUCCAUCAGCAACAGAGGAAGAACAGCACGAGGAAGUACGUUCUCGCUUGCGCCGUCUUCGCUUCUCUCAACUCCGUCCUCCUCGGCUACGAUGUAGGAGUGAUGAGCGGGGCAAUCCUAUUCAUCCAGGAAGAUCUACACAUAACCGAGGUACAACAAGAAGUCCUCGUCGGAAUCCUAAGCAUCGUCUCCCUCUUCGGCAGCUUAGCCGGCGGAAGGACUUCCGACCACAUCGGCAGGAAAUGGACAAUGGGGCUGGCCGCCGUCGUCUUCCAAUCCGGAGCAAUCGUGAUGACAUUCGCUCCGUCGUUCCAGAUCCUAAUGAUCGGCCGAUUUCUCGCCGGGGUCGGAAUCGGAUUGGGAGUUAUGAUAGCUCCCGUCUACAUCGCCGAGAUCUCCCCAACCGUCGCCAGAGGAUCCCUCACUUCUUUCCCCGAGAUCUUCAUCAACCUGGGGAUCUUGCUCGGCUACGUCUCCAACUACGCGUUUUCGGGCCUCUCGGUCCACACAAGCUGGAGAGUAAUGCUCGCCGUUGGAAUCCUGCCAUCGAUUUUCAUCGGCUUCGCGCUCUUCAUCAUCCCCGAAUCGCCCAGAUGGCUCGUGAUGCAGAACCGAAUCGAGGAAGCUCGAUCCGUCCUCGUGAAAACAAUCGACGACGAGAACGAAGUCGACGAUCGGCUUGCCGAGAUUCUAGUUGCCGCCAACGCCGGAAGUUCUUCAUCCACGGGCGAUGAUAAUAACAAUAAUAAUCACAGCAAGCACGAGCAGAAGGCGGUGUGGCGAGAGAUGUUAAGCCCUUCCCCUGCUUUGCGAAGAAUGUUGGUCACAGGGUUUGGGAUCCAGUGUUUCCAGCAGAUUACAGGUAUCGAUGCAACCGUCUACUACAGCCCUGAGAUCUUGAGAACGGCCGGAAUCACGGACAACACGAAGCUUCUUGCGGCAACGGUGGCGGUGGGGGUUUCGAAGACGCUUUUCAUCAUGGUGGCGAUUCUGCUGAUCGAUAAGGUCGGGAGGAAGCCAUUGUUGUACGUGAGCACGAUUGGGAUGACUGUUUGUUUGUUCAGCCUAGGGUUCACGCUGACGGUGAUGGGCCAGGGAGCGGUUGGGAUUGGGCUGGCGAUCUUCUUCGUGUGCGCGAAUGUGGGCUUUUUCUCAGUGGGGAUUGGGCCGGUUUGCUGGGUCGUGACGUCGGAGAUAUUUCCGCUGAGGCUACGAGCGCAGGCGGCGGCGCUGGGAGCGGUGGGGAAUAGGGUUUGCAGUGGGGUGGUGGCGAUGUCGUUUCUGUCGGUGUCGAAUGCUAUAACCGUCGGCGGGACGUUCCUGGUGUUCGCGGCGGUGUCGGCGGUUUCGGUGGCGUUUGUGUACUGGCUGGUGCCGGAGACGAAAGGGAAGUCGUUGGAGGAGAUUGAGGUGUUGUUCGAGAGCGAGCGUGGGUGGCGUGGAGGCGGGAAGGGCGAGGUGGAGAUGGGAGACGCAGAGCAUCUCGUGCAGAAUGAAUGAGAAGAAGGGCAGAACGUAUUAAUGGCGAUUCUGAGCAGAGUUGGCUGCUGCGAAAGGGAAGAGUGAGGAAUCGGCAGCGCAGAAACAGAAGGAGAGGAGAGUUAAGCAGGCAUUGGUUGGUUGGGAGGGAUAAAGCUGUUCUUGGCUUCUGGGUUUCAAUUGGUAAAAUCUUGCUGUCCAGGGAAAUGGGGAAUUUGAUUGUACUCAUUGUUAUAUGUUUAUAGAGGAAAUGGUAAGGAUUGUUUCUCUGUAAUCUUGCCAUUUAGAGUACGGUGUAAAUCGCAGAGGUAAAGAU